AUGGUUCAGGCAAAAACUUGGAUCUUGACAAAACACUUCGAUGGUUUUCCCAAAGACACUGACUUUGAACUGAAAGUAGAAGAGCUUUCUGAACCUAAAGAUGGGGAGAUUCUUUUGGAAGCAGUAUUUCUCAGUGUGGACCCAUAUAUGAGGCCGUUCAGUCAGUUUCGUAUGAAAGAAGGAGAUGUCAUGAUUGGAACACAAGUGGCCAAAGUGAUUCAAAGCAAGAACCCAAAUUAUCCAUUGGGGAGCCAUGCUGUGCUGCGUAGUGGCUGGAGGACGCACUCGCUCAGUGAUGGCACAGACCUCACUCCCAUCAUGACGGAGUGGCCCCAUGAUGUGUCCUUAUCUCUGGCUUUGGGUACCAUUGGUAUGCCGGGACUCACAGCUCUGUAUGGAAUUGAGGAAGUGUUGGGACUAAAGGCUGGUGAGGUUCUGCUGGUUAACGCCGCUGCAGGUGCAGUGGGCUCAGUGGUUGGACAGAUAGCUAAGAUCAUGGGUUGUAAAGUGGUGGGUUCUACCGGGUCUGACGCCAAAGUGGCUUUUCUCAAAGAACUGGGAUUUGACGAGGCUUUCAACUACAAAAAAGUUGAUUCAUUGGCAGAGACGCUUCGAUCUGCUUCUCCGGAGGGAUACGACUGCUUCUUUGAAAAUGUUGGAGGCCAGUUCUCAAGUGUUGCCUUACAGCAGAUGAAGGACUUUGGAAGGAUUGCUGUUUGUGGAAGUAUUUCCACUUACAAUGACACCACUCCACAAAUUGGACCCUACCCUCAAUUGACAAUGAUCAUUAAGCAACUGAAAAUGGAGGGCUUUAUGCAAUCCAGGUGGGCCCACAAGCACCCAGAAUCGUUGAAGAGGCUGCUGGGAUGGGUAAAGGAGGGGAAACUCCGAAGUCAAGAACACAUCAUUAAAGGGUUUGAAAACAUGCCAGCUGCUUUCAUGGGUUUGUUGAAGGGCGACAAUACAGGAAAAGCCAUUGUUGCAAUGUAG